AUGGCCGUGAUCUCCAUCGAAAUCAUCUCCGACGUAAUCUGUCCCUGGUGCUUCAUCGGCUACCGCACCCUACAGAAAGCUAUCUCACUAUACCAAAAAACAUACCCGGGCGGCUCAAAGGAUGAAUUCGUCAUCGAGUGGAAGCCGUACUUCAUCGACCAGGUUGCGCCGGAGAGCAGCGUGCUCAUCAAUGACCGCAUGGCGCGCCGCAUGACACGCCCUCAAAUCGAAGCUGCUCAGACGCGGCUGAAACGGGUCGGGAAGAGCGUGGGGAUUGAGUUUGCGUUUGGCGGGUAUAUGGGCUCGUCGCGGCUUGCGCACCGGGCAUUGUAUUUUGCGUCUGAGAGGGGAGGGAGUCAGAUGCAGUGUGCGCUUGCGGAGGUGCUGUUUAGGUAUCAGUUUGAGUUGGAGAGGGAUGUUAGUGGGGUGGAUGUUGUUGUUGAAGCGGCGGGUGAGGCGGGGUUGGAUGGGGAUGCUGUUAGGGUCUUUCUGGAGGGGGAGGGUGGGAAGAAAGAGAUUGAGGAGGAGCAGAAUAUUGUAAGGGAGAUGGGGGCCAAGGGGGUGCCGUGCUUUGUUGUUGGUGAUGGGAAAGAGGUGGUUGAUGGGGCGGGGGAUAUGGAGGAGUUCUUCGGGGCGUUUGUUAGGGCAAAAGGGUCUGCUUGA